GGCCUGUAAACCCUGCACCGCUCCCAAGGAAAGCCGAGCGUUGACAUCCACUCCUCCUCAGGAGAGAGAUACAUAAGGGGAACGGUGCUGCAGUUGCACCCAGUCAACAGCCUGUCAAUCAACCGCACUACAUCACGGAGAGUGAUUACAAAGAGAAGAGACCAACAGUGACCAACAGCCAUGAAUCUUGAGCUGCCCAAAACAGAGAUCAAAUCAGCCACCCGUGUCACUGGUGGUCCCGCCACACCACGCAAAGGGCCGCCCAAGUUCAAGCAGAGGCAGACUCGCCAGUUCAAGAGCAAGCCACCAAAGAAGGGGAUCCAAGGUUUUGGAGAUGACAUCCCUGGCAUGGAAGGUUUAGGCACAGACAUCACUGUCAUCUGCCCCUGGGAGGCCUUCAACCAUCUGGAGCUUCACGAGUUGGCCCAGUAUGGUAUCAUCUGAGCCCCUCACCUUCCCAUCAUCCUCCCUGCCAUGGUCUCCAAACCACCAGUCUCCAUCCUGGCCAUCAGCUCCAAGGGGAUCAUUCCAUUUUUUAUAAUAGAAUAAAAACACAAAAGAGCAACAUUUAUAAAAAUGGAAAAACUAAGAAAAAAUGUCUACCCAAAAAAAAAAAAAAUUCUGACUAUCCACUGCUCCGGUUUCUCUUUUUUCUUGCAGUCUGAGAACACAUUCUGCUCAAAUUGUAGAACAGAAAAGUCUAUGAUCCCGUCAGAUUGCGUUCCGUUUGCCUAGAAAAACUGCUGCUCCUUUUCUUUGGUCUUUUCUACUCUCAUUCCAUUUUCUUCUGGAACACGAAACAUACGCAAGCAAGACAGCCUCAGAGUGAGUUAAAAACAAGAGUCGUAACCGUGAAAUGCCUGGCUUCUCAUUUCACGUGCCUCGUUGCCUCUUCUGUCCACCUUCGCAGAGUUCGUAAGAAAAGAUCUAAGUCCUGUAGAGAUGACACUUCACCCUGCUGGCCGACACCAAAACUUUAUUUCAGCCCACUCUUUCCCCAUCAAUAUGCAGAUUUUGAAAUGUUUUAACCUUCCCACUAUUAACGUCUGUGUAUUAUGGGUAAGGAUAACCUCAGGAACGGUUACUUUCUUUAAAUAUCAUAUUGGCUUUGGCAACCCCCUCAUUCAACGCAUGCAUAGCAUACGUUAACACAUACAGGCACAAUUAGAUCAUUUGAAUUCAUUUUGGGCUAUAAUUCUCGGUUUCAGUAAGUAAGGUGACUGUUUGGGAGCAGUGGCUGGCAUGUGUCCUUCAUCCAUGUAGUUGUUUUUCAUCAGCAUCAUUUGUCCUGUUCAUCAUCACAUCCCACUUUAUCAUUUUGUCCCAUUUGUUUUACUAGAAAUGAAUUCAAUAUAUAUUACAAUUUAUUGCAUUGUAUAUUUUGGUCUACUCAUCAUAUAAGGCUCCAUUUAAAUGUUCUGUAUUUUAUAGAUUUAUGAUUUUCUAGCCAUCAUUCACUUUCACUUUUUUGUCAUUGUGUCAAGAAUGUUUAUUUCCCUAUAUUUAUUUUUGUUGCAUGCUCUGUCUUUCACCAUUAUGUUUUAUGUCCAUUCAUUGAUUUGUUUAACUAUUAGUUUUGUCAUUUUCUAUUUCUAAUUUAAUUUAACGGAUUCUAAUAGAAAAAGCCAAUUUCCCACACAAUCAGCUCCUCAUUUACCAAAAAAUAAAUUAUAUGUCCAAAGUAAAUUCUACAUUUGUAUAAACAUGAACAUACAGUAUGUUAAUUUUCACAUGGAUCCUUGUGUAUUAAGAUUGUGUCUCCUCCUGAAUCCUCAAGUUCUGAGUGAAGCACUCCUGUGUUGUUUUGGCUUGUAUUUUGCAGAUUUCUAAAGUUUCAUAACAUCAGUGACUAAAGUGAAGUUUUCUCUCUACAGGAUGAGAUCAAAAUAAAGCUUAAAAAAAUUGUAAAAAAAAAAA